ACAAUCAAAUAGAGUUGAAAAGCAUGUGUUUGUAUGAGACAUGUGUUGACUAAUCAUAAGACAUAUGAUUAUCGUUUGAAUUAUUUGACAAAAAUUAUAAUCAAAUUAUUGUUAUCAUCAGUAAAGACAUCGAUGACUACAAUGAAUAACAAAUUGGAUCUUUCGUUGGAUGAGAUCAUUGCCAGAGAGGGCAUCACCGCUACAAAAGGCAAUCACAAGAAAGGACUCAAAGAGAUGACGACAAACAAUAAAUUUGAUAAAAUUGAGAUCAAUAUUACCAACGAUGACAACAAUGUAUUGAAACGUAAGAGUCAUUUUGCAGAUAAUUUGAUGGCCAAGAAAGCGGUGGCCAAUGAUAACAGAUCGGCCAAAAACAUUCACUUUAACAGUUCAUGCGGUCAGAUCUUCAUUGAAAAUCUCGAGUUCGGUGUCGUUGACGGAGACAUUCAUCAACUUUUUGAUGCUUUCGGUUCACUCAAGAGAGCGGCUCUUAAUUAUGACCGAAAUGGUCGGUCAGCCGGCACUGCAUUUGUUGUGUUUGAACGCAAAGCCGAUGCCAUUACUGCUGUCAAUAGUCUUAAUAAUGUGACACUCGAUGGUCGUGUCUUACGAUUGACAUUAGUUGAUGGCAACAGUUCUUCAUUUGAUCACAAGUCAGGUCCGCGUCAAUCAAACUUUAAUGCGAGACUUAAAUCACAAUCAAAUGGAUCGACUGUUGGCACCAAAGCUGGUGAUGUUUGGUCUAAUAUAGCUAUGAAUGAAACUGUUAAAAGUGGUCACAAAAAAGUGAUUCCCACUACUGAUGACUUGGACGCAGAUCUCGCCGAAUAUUUGGCCCAAAGAAAUGCUACCAAAGAGUGA